AUGGCGGCGUCGGUGUUUCCGGCGCUGCUGCUGGCCGUGGCGGCGGUGGUGCUGCUCCUACCGGCGGCGGAGGCCGUGUGGCUCGAGCUGCCGCCGUCGGGGACCAAGUGCGUCUCCGAGGAGAUCCAGCCCAACGUCGUGGUGCUCGCCGACUACGCGAUCAUGUACGAGUCCCACCCCAGCUCGCACCCCACCGUCGCCGUCAAGGUUACAUCACCCUAUGGAAAUACUGUACAUCAUAAUGAAAAUGCUACAACGGGUCAGUUUGCUUUCACAACUACAGAAGCUGGAAACUACCUUGCAUGUUUCUGGAUAGACAGUGUGGAGAAAGGAUCAGGAACAUCUCUAAAUCUUGAUUGGAGGAUAGGGAUUGCUGCAAAGGACUGGGAUACUAUUGCUAAGAAAGAGAAAAUUGAGGGCGUAGAACUAGAGCUUAGGAAACUUGAAGCUGCAGUUGAGUCCAUCCAUCAUAACUUGCUGUAUCUCAAAGCAAGGGAAGCGGAAAUGCGAACAGUGAGCGAGAAAACAAAUUCAAGGGUUGCCUGGUUCAGCAUCCUGUCACUGGGAGUCUGCGUUGCCGUCUCUGUGCUGCAGUUGUGGCACCUUCAAGGGUUCUUCCGGAAGAAGAAGCUCAUUUAA